AUGGAUGCUCAACAACAAUCUGUCUACAACUACUCACAACAAAUGGAUUCAACGGAUCAAACACCCAUUUAUUUUCAACAAACAACUGCAACUACGGACAUUGUCUCAACCCCCAUCUACAGGGAACCCCAUAUUCUUGACCGUGAACCUCACAUCCAUCUUGCAACACCAUUUGAGAAGCUUGAGGUACUGUGCGAAUCGCUGGUGGAUUUCGAAAAUAUGAAGAGAAAUGGCGUCGACCUCACUGAGGAGUUAAGAAUGCUACAGGCUCGCUUGGCCAGAGAGGCUGAGGAAAAGGCUAGGAAGGAAGCAAAAGAGAAAGUUCGUCUGGAAGAAGAGAAAAGGAUCAGAGAAGCUGAAGAAAAGGUUGUUGCUGAAGCUGUUGCUGUUGCGGUUGCUGCUGAGGCUGAGGCAAAAGAAAAAGCUGAAGUGGAAGAAGCAACACACAUUGCUGCAGAGGAAGUUGCCAAGGGAAAUGCUGAUGCUUUGACUCAUGAGGAGCAAUCUCCCUCCGGUUUUGCCCCUCUGGAUAAUAACUAA